AUAUACAAACAUCCAUCCCCUCAAAUCUCAUACCUACCUUCUUGCUUUUGAAUCAUGAAUUUAGAUCUUUUACCUGAUGACUGCUUUGCACAUGUUCUUUCCCUCACAUCUCCCAUUGAUGCCUGUCGAAUCUCGCUUGUUUCUUCCUCCAUUCGGAUUUCAGCUAACUCCGACAAUGUUUGGGAAAAAUUCCUGCCACCAGAUUAUCAACAAAUUCUCACCAGGCUACGCCAUCCUUUAAUUUUCUCCUCCAAAAAACACUUGUUCUUCAGGUUAUGUAACCCACAUCUAAUUGAUGGAGGCCUUAAGACGUUUUCAUUAGAGAAGACAACAGGUAAAAAACAAUAUAUGUUGAGUGCAAGGGAGUUGAACAUAGCAUGGGCCGACAACCCUCUCUUCUGGUCCUGGAAACCUUUCCCAACAUCAAGGUUUGUCGAAGCAGUAGAACUUCGAACCAUAUGGUGGUUGGAAAUCCAAGGCAAGAUCAAUUCUGGUAUGCUGUCUCCAAAAACAACCUACGAGUGUUAUGUUAUUGUGAAAUUUGUGGAUCGUGCAUAUGGGUUAGAUUUUUUGCCAUCAAAAGUUACAGUGGAAAUUGGAAAUUUGAAAUCAGAAGGGAAUGUUUAUCUACGGCAAUACGAAAGUAAGAAACAAUGUUUAGAAACACUCUGGUAUUCGAACCGGAUGGAAUUAGUUCUAAGAUCAAUGGCCUUUAGAGGGAUAAUGGAAGAAAGGGUUGCUUGCAAACGUGAAGAUGGAUGGAUUGAGAUUGAAUUGGGAAGUUUUUAUAAUAAUGGAGGUGAUAAUUUAGAAGUAAAGAUGUCACUAAAGGAAGUCACAGGAACGCACCUUAAAGGAGGGCUAGUUGUGGAGGGGAUUGAGCUUAGGCCAAAGCAACAGACAACCGCCAAUCAUAUGUGACAGCAAUAACGUCGAGGAAUGCUGUUCAUAAGGAGUCUUUCUUUCUUUCUUUCUAACCAACUUGUGCGUUAUUCAUGCAAUAUAUCAUCCAUUUUAGUUGAUUACUGUUUGUUUCAGUUACAAUACUGAUUUAACAUUAAAAGAAAAUUUAAUUUCAUGGAA